AGUACGGUUACGGUUUCUCUUCAACCUUUAAUUUCAAUUUGCGUUUUUUUUUCAAAUCGUCUAAUCUUAAAUCGCUCCGAGUUAUGGCACCGAAACCAGUGACCAUUCCACCGUGGAUGACGGAGAGUUUCUUUGUCGAUGUGAUUGCGACCAAGCUCGGGCUACCGGAAGAUGCGUUCACGAUCGAAAGGCUAGACGUGAAGGCGGCCACCGAAUCCGGUGACAAUUUUGUGUCCGUUAUGUAUCGCGUGUCGGUGCAGGUGAACCGGGCCGUGUCCGGUGAGCGUGAGGAUGUUUCACUGAUCGUAAAGGCACUGCCCAACAUGGGCCUCUCCGAGGAGAUGAUUACGGCGCUGAACGUGUUCCCGAAGGAGAUCGCGAUGUAUACGGAGGUUCUGCCAGCUUUCGAACGGCUUUACCGGGAACGUGGUGUCGAGGUAACGUUCGGACCGCGCUGCCUCAAACACUGCUCCAAACCAACGGACAUUAUUGUCAUGGAGGAUUUGAAGGAUCGCGGGUAUCGGAUGGCUAAUCGUCGCGAAGGUUUAGAUAUGGAACAUUGCCAGAAGCUGCUAACGCGGUUGGCCCAGUUCCAUGCCGCUUCGGCUGUACAGUACGAACGGAAUGGACCGUACGAUGAGAAGUUCAAGGAGGGCAUGUACGCGGAAAAGAGUCGGAAAAUGUUUGAACAGUUUCAGAAGAUGCACGACGUCUUCAUGUACAAAACGAUGUGCGAAUGGCCCAACAAUGGUCGGUUUUAUGCGGAACUUAUGAAACACUGGGGAUUGGAUAUGUUUGAUGCAAUGCUUCGCAUUGUGAAAGCAGAUCCGAACCAGUUCAACGUGCUGAACCACGGGGACAUGUGGUGCAACAAUAUGAUGUUCCAGUACACCGAGAACGAACAGCUCAAGGAUAUCCUACUUGUCGACUUCCAGAUGUGCAUGUACAGUUCCCCCGUAAUUGAUCUUAACUAUUUCAUUUUCUCCUCGGUGCGCGGUGAUUUGCGAUUGCCCGAGAUGAACUAUUUGAUUUACUACUAUUACCACCAGUUGACCGACAACCUGACCCUGCUCGGCUAUGGUGGUCGGCAGCUUUCGCUAAAGGAGUUGAACGUCGAUUUCAUCGAUCGCCAAUUGUACGGAUUAUCAACGUCCUUCUCGAUUUUGCCGAUGUGUUUGAUGGAGAAAACGGACGAUGCAUCGAUCGAUUUGAUGCUCGAUCAAGGCGAUGCCGGUAACGCGUUCAAGCAGAAGAUGUACAACAGUAGCACCUACGUUGAGCAGAUGGGUCAGAUCAUGGAGCACUUCUACAAUACCGGAGCGUUCGACAUCAAUGGCCUCGGUGUACAGCGACCAGCGGGCAUUAAGUGUGACGACACGGUCGAUCUACCGCUGUGGCUCGAUAGGCAAUUCUUCGAGGGUGUGGUGAAAGCAAAGCUUGGCCCAACCGAUCGAAUCAUUCGUAGUGUACAGGUUGAGUUGGCCACUAAAAAGGGUGACAAUUACGCUUCGGUUCUGUAUCGGGCCAAGGUGGAUGUGCAGAACCAAGCGACGGGUAGUGUGGAAAGGUUCUCGGCUAUUGUCAAAGCGCCACCGAAAGGAGUUUUGGCGGAUCAUAUGGUGUACCUGGAUUUUUCGGUCCGCGAAACACUGGUAUAUACGCGGUGUAUUCCGAUGUUCGAACGGAUGUACCGGGAUCGGGGCGUCGCUGUCCAGUUUGGUCCCCGGUGUCUCAAAGCAUGCCAAGGGGUGCCGGUGGAUGUGCUCGUCCUGGACGAUCUGACGUUCAGCGGUAGCCGUAUGGCGGAUCGGCGCACGGGGCUGGACCAACGGCAUACCGAACUGGCGUUGGAUUUGUUGGCCAAAUUUCAUGCCGCAUCGGCCGUUUGCACGGACCAUGGUAAACCCAUGCCGGAACAGCUCGUUGGACCGAAACCGAUUGAAAGCUUGAAACGAAUGGCCAACGAUCUGUUCCAACCCAUGCUGGACAGUCUCGUCCAGCGUAUGGCGACGUGGGAUCUCGAUCCGGACUAUUACGCGGAUCUGCUGGCACACUCCAAGCACAUCAUGGACGAUGUGGCGCACGUUAUCACUCCACGGGAGGAUCGUUUCAACGUCCUGGUGCACGGUGAUCUAUGGGUAAACAACAUGGUCUUCAAGUACGACGACAACUCCUCCGAUCAGCCAUCUGUUCCAUCGGCCGCCACGUUGCUCGACUUCCAGAUGUGCUGCUGGACGACACCGGUCGUGGAUUUGCACAGUUUGCUCUUCUCUUCCGUCAGCUCCGAGCUGAUGUUACCGAAGCUGAACUACUUCCUGCGCUUCUACCACGAACGGAUGACCGACAAUCUGGUGCUGCUGGGGUACAGCAAACGGUUACCGACGUUACAGCAACUUCACGUCGAUUUCGCCGAUCACCUAUCGUACGGAUUCAUCAGUGCGCUCCUCAUGAUGCCUUUCGUGGUUGUACCAGAACCGGAUGCGGAUGCAUCGCUCGAUGCGAUUAUCGAUGCGAGCAGCGAAUCCGGCCAGCGCUUCCAGCAACAAUUCCUCGAUAAUGAGCAGCUAAAGGCGCAGCUUAAAAUGUUGAUUCCCUACUUCCGCCAUCGCGGCAUUCCCGUCAAAAAACCUCAGUGAAUAAUGGCGACGACCACUAAAGCUGCUGCUCCGGUACCGGACUGGAUAACGAAAGAGUUUUUCGUCGACGCGAUAACCACUAAACUGGCGCGCCCGGAAUCGGAGCUCCAAAUUACCGACCUGAAUGUGAAGGCGGCCACAGAAUCGGGUGAUAAUUACGCCUCGGUGCUGUACCGGGUGCAGGUGACGGUGGAGAUGGAAGGUAGCUCCGUCAUCGUCCCUCUUAUCGUUAAGGCUUUGCCGAAUCUAGGGUUUAGCAACGAGUUGAUUCAAUCGAUGAGUCUGUUUCCCCGCGAAACCAGAAUGUACGGAAAGGUGCUUCCCGCACUAGAGAAGCUGUACGCAGAGCGUGGCCGUGUAGUGACCUUUGGGCCACGCUGCUUGAAGCUUUGCUCCGAACCGACGACUGUGAUCGUGCUCGAGGAUCUGCGGGACGGUGACUUCCGUAUGGCGAACCGACGCCAGGGUCUUGACAUGGAGCACAGCCGCAUGAUGUUACGCCGGUUGGCACAGUUCCAUGCUGCGUCUGCGGUGUACUGCGAGCAAAACGGACCGUACGACGACCAAUUUCAAGAGGGCAUGUUUAUUGAGAAGGGUCGCGCCAUGCAUGAGCAGUUCCAGAAGCUGCAAGCGGACUUUAUGUACAUGAUCUUCAGUAACUGGUCCGAUAAAGGAAAGUUCUACGCAGAGAUUAUGAAACAUUGGGGUAUGGAUAUGUUCGAUGUGAUGUUAAGGCGUAUGCGUGCUAGUGCGAACCGAUUCAACGUCCUGAACCAUGGAGACGCGUGGUGCAACAACAUUCUCUUCCACUAUGACGACAACAACGCGCCGGAUGAGAUUGCAUUGAUCGAUUUUCAGCUCAGCUUCUGGUGCACACCAGCCAUAGAUCUGCUGUACUUUAUGUUCACAUCCGUCAACGGAGAGGAGCGAUUUACUGAAAUGGAUGCGCUGCUGCACUACUAUCACCAGAAUUUAGUUCAAGAACUCACCUUCCUCGAGUACGGUGGCGAGAUUCCUACACUGUCGGAGCUGCAUUCGGAUGUGAUCACCCAUCAUAUGUACGGUUUCAUUAUAUCCUUUUCGAUUCUUCCGGUUUGUUUGCUGGAGAAGACCGAUGAUGCCUCGUUGGAUCUCAUGAUGGAUCAAGGUGAUGCUGGGAUCCAGUUCAAGCUGAACAUGUACAACAAUCCGGAAUAUGUGAAGCAAAUGGAGCAGAUAAUGGAUUAUUUUUACAACAUGGGAGCAUUCGACAUAAUGCAGCUUGGUUCGCAGACACCACUCGAAGUUGAGUGUGACGCUUCUAUGCAGCUGCCACUUUGGUUAACCAAAGAUUUCAUCGCAGAAAUUGUGGCCAGCAAAUUUGAGGAGCCGAUGGGCAAAAAUCGCAUCAUACAAAGUAUCUAUACGAAGGCAGCAACUGAGAAGAUCAACAAUACAGCACCGGCUCUCUAUGCUGUGAAAGUAAACCUGAUUCGGCAGGAUGUUGGAACCGAGGAGAUCGUUUCAUUCAUUGUUAAGGCACCACCAAAGGGACAUCUUGCCGCAUACGAGCGAAAUCGCGAUAGCUACGUGCGAGAACAGCACGUGUAUGAAAUGCUGUUGCCAGCCUUUGAGCAAUUGUACCGCGAUAAAGGAGAGCCCGUUGUCCUCGGUGCGCGAUACUACAAGCCACCUGUUGUGCUGCCCCUGGCUGUGGUUGUGCUUGAGGAUCUGUCAGCGAACGGCUACAGGAAGGUGUUCAAUCGUCUGGAUGGACUAGACAAACAGCACACUGAGCUUGCGUUGGAUCAUUUAGCAAAAUUCCAUGCAGCCUCCGCCGUUUACCGUGCCAAUGGUGGCCAACUGCCGAAAGCGCUAACGGAGGGAUGCUGCGUGAUGGAGCUGGCAGAAGCGACCGAUGAACGCUUUUCGCCUGCAGUUACCGCGUUGUUGAACGAAAUGCAAGACUGGGACUUUGCAGCCGAUUACAUCGAAGAGCUGAAGGUAGCUUUCGAGCGCGUCUGUAGCUCGCUGCUAGAUACUUCGGCCAUUGACGCCAAAACGUUCACCGUGCUCAAUCACGGCAAAGCAUCGCUCAAUGAUAUGUUGUUCUCCUAUGAAGGGUCUGAAGUCAAGGGUGUUGCCUUUAUUGAUUAUCAGCACGCCGCUUGGGGAUCGCCGGCCUUCGAUCUUGUGCAGUUGCUGUUCUCGUCCGUGCACCUUGACCUGAAGCUAUCGCAGCAGGCGUACUUUUUGCGAUAUUAUCAAGAGCGACUGGUGCGUAAUCUACGGCUCCUUGGAUAUCCCAAACCACUGCCCACGCUGCAGCAGAUCCAUAUUGACGUUAACGAACGAUUGUUUGCCGCUGUUAAGACUGUUUUGAUCGAUUUGCCAAGUUUGUUGGCAGAACCUGCGCCCGAGGUGGCCAGUGUCGCGGUAGGAGGUGAAGCAAAGGAACAGGUUAACCCACAGGAAGGAACACCGGAGGCCAGUAGUAAUAAUCGCUAUAAAGAACAUAUGACGCAACUUUUACCAUAUCUGCGCAAUCGAGGUCUGUUAAACCAUUCAUAA